CCUUUUGCCGCUUGUCUUCUUGAACCCCUGGUGGCUAAAACCCUAACUAGCUUCGUCGUCAACGGUUUCACCUCCAUCUCCACCAGCACCAUCUAAACUAAAUCCCUACUCAAUACAACACUGUCACUGUACAAAUUCGUACGCUUAAAACAACAAUGAAUGGAAGUUCACUUUCUUAGUUUGCUCGGACGAUGUUCGUCUUUCUUCGCAGUCUUGUCAUCAUGGGAAGAAAAACAAGAUACCCUAAUCAUCGCGUAAGCCUUCUAUUAUCAUCAACAAGAAAUUUACCGUCUCCAUUGAAUCCUAAUAAAAUAAUUUUCUGCAACUGUUCAUCACCAUCAUCGUACACAUUCUUAUUCUGUGUCACCAGUUUUCUCUGCUUAUUUCGGUACCCUUUUUCGAGUAAGGCUUUCUGCGACGAAAUCGGAGACGAACUUGGUCGGGAAUCCAUUUGUGAAAUUGUUAAGAAUGAGCGCUGGGACGAUUAUAGGAUCAUCAAAUAUUUUGAUUCAAGUUUAGCCCCAAUUUGGGUUUCGAAAAUACUAUUACAACUAAACGAAGAACCUACGUUAGCUUUGAAGUUCUUCAAAUGGGCUGAAACCCGACCUAAGUUUUGUCAUACGACUGAGGCCUAUUGUAUUCUUACCCAUAUUUUGUUUUUCCAUAAGCUUUACAAUGAAGCUCAUGGUAUUCUAAAAGCUUUGCUUAGUUCGACCCUAAUUUUGCCAGGUUUUGAUGUGUUUGAUGUAAUGUGGUCGACCAGAAAUGCUUGUCGUCCAGGGUGGGGGGUAUUUGACACAUUGUUCAAUGUAUUAGUGGAAUUAGGGAAAUUUGAGGAAGCAAAUGAGUGUUUUUCAAGGAUGAAAUCUCAUAAAGUUCUCCCAAAAGCACGCUCUUGUAAUUCAUUUCUGGGUAGAUUAACUAAGAUUGAUAAAGGAGACUUCUCAAAGAAGUUCUUCAAGGAAAUGAUUAUGGCUGGUGUUAAGCCUUCUGUAUUCACUUACAAUAUCAUGAUUGAUUAUUUGUGUAAAGUAGGAGACAUGGAAGGUGCACAAAGAUUUUACAUGGAGAUGAAAGCAUUAGGGAUUACACCAGAUAUUGUUACUUAUAAUUCACUUAUUGAUGGGUAUGGUAAGCUCGGGAAGUUAACCGAAUCAAUCUGUAUAUAUAAUGAUAUGAAGAACAUCGGUUGUUACCCUGAUGUGAUCACAUACAAUGCAUUGAUAAACUGUUUGUGUAAGUUUGGUAGAAUGCCACAAGCAUUUGAGUUUCUUCAUCACAUGAAGAAAAGUGGAUUGAAACCAAAUGUGGUAACUUACAGCACCUUCAUUGAUGCUUUCUGUAAAGAAGGAAUGAUGCAAGAAGCAAUCAAGUUUUUCAUGGAUAUGAGACGUGUUGGUCUUAUUCCCAAUGAAUUCACAUAUACUUCUUUAAUUGAUGCAAAUUGUAAAGCAGGUUGUAUUCAGGAGGCUGUGAAGUUAAUCAAAGAGAUGAAUGAGGCAGGUGUUAUGGUGAACACAGUUACAUGUACAGCUUUACUUGAUGGGCUUACAAAAGAAGGUAAAAUGAAAGAAGCUGAUGUGUUUUUUCAAGAAAUGCUUAAAACCGGUAUAUCACCUAACAUAAAAAGCUAUACAACUCUUUUUCAUGGGCAUAUAAAAUCGAAUAAUGUAAAUGAGGCUACCAAUGUUUGGGAACAAAUGGAAGCCAAAAGCUUCAAACCAGACUUAUUGCUAUAUGGUACUUUGAUCCUAAGACUCUGUAAUGACAAAAAAAUUGAAGAUGCUAAGGCUGUUCUUCAAGAAAUGAAGAAAAACGGUAUAAAUGCAAAUUUUGUGAUUUAUACAACGAUUAUGGAUGCGUAUUUUAAAUUGGGACACAAAAGAGAAGCUCUUGAUUUGUUUCAAGAAAUGAAUGAAACAGGUUUGACCCCAUCAGUUGUGACUUACAGUGUCUUAAUUGAUGGUUUGUGCAAACUUGGUUAUGUCCAUGAGGGAAUGGACCAUUUCUGUAAGAUGUCAGAUGUUGGAAUUGAGCCUAAUGUUAUUGUUUAUACAGCUCUUAUUGAUGGUUAUUGUAAAAAUGAUCAAUUAGAAUCGGGUGUGAAACUGUUUGAUGAAAUGGUGGGAAAAGGUGUGAUUCCGGAUGUAAAUGCAUACACGUGUUUGAUUGAUGGGAAUUUAAAACAUGGGAAUGUUAAAGAGGCUUUGGAAUUGAGGGACAAAAUGGUGGAAAGUGGUGUAAAGUUUGAUCUUCAUGCAUACACUUGUUUGAUUUGUGGGCUUUGUAGAUGUGGUAAAAUGUUGGAAGCAAGAAAGUUUUAUGAUGAGAUGAUUGUGAAUGGUGUUUGUCCAGAUGAUGUGAUUUAUGGGUGUCUUGUGAAAAAGUAUUAUGAGAUUGGUGAUACAAAAGAAGCUGAGGAAUUGCAAAAUGAGAUGGUUGGAAAACAAAUUAUGAAUGGUGUUAGUGAUUAGGGUUUGAACUUUGAAGCAAAAAGUGAGAAAUUCAUUACUUGAUUGCAUCUUGUUGUUGCACAUGGAUAUUAUGAUUUGUGGAUCAAGAACACAUUGGAAGUCGUAUAAAUUUGGAUCAAGACUUUUGCAAUCCUCAAACUAAGAUAUGGGAUUUAUCCAAUCAAAGAGGCGACAUGAAUCUCAUUGAUUACCAAGUCUUCUAAUCUUUCCCACCUAAUCAUCAGGAUUCCAUCAUCUUUCAGCAUUACCCAGUUCUUGAAUCUGGUAGUUUUGGAAGUCAUUUGGCAGCAAAAUGAAAUUGUUGCUGUUGGGAAGAAUAGGGGAGAGGCAGAUGGGGUCAAGAAUCUCUGAAAAUUAGUUUUUUCUUCACAAUUUUGAGGGAAUUUUUCAUUCAUUGUAAGUAAUUGUAUAUUCACAUACAGUUAUUAUAUUGUAUUUUUUUUUUCAAAUAGAUAGAUAGUCUACUGAAAGAGUAUAAAUGGGAAGGCCAUAAAGAUGAAUUGAAGCUUGGGAAGCGAAGCAUGUCUAAAACAUAGAAUGACGAAACUUCUUGCUAAAUUUUUUUUAGACAAAAUUGCAAGAAUGGUCCCUAUUGUAUGUCGAAAAUUGUCAUUUAGGCCAAAUAGUUUGAACUAGCAUCAGUGAUCCAAAAGUUUUAUUUUGCUGCAUUUUGGUCCAUUUUGUUUUGAUAUUUUAUAAAAUUAUGAUUUUGCUCUU